AACGGGCUCUAAGGCCACUUUUUCGCAGCGGAACGCCGGUUUUUACGACCAAAUGUGGAUUGCUGGGAAGAAGAAGGAGCCAGUCGAGGUUGGGCUGUUGGACAAGUCACUCCAAGGUAGAAGUCAACCACCAAAAGGCCGGCCGGACUGAAGACGUCUUUGUUCCAGUGGGAGCGCAAGGAAAGGGAAAGAACAAAGCAAGACACGCUCCCCCCCGGCAGGCAGCCAUGAUGGACGAGGAGAUAGUGGAGGACCGCGCCAAAGUGAAGCAGGGCGUGAUUAAGGUCCUGCAGUGCGUGGCCACCAUCUCGUCGGCGGCGGCCGUGGUCAACCCCAUCUUCGGCGUGGCCGGCUCGCUCAUGCGCGUGGUCCUGCGUCACGUGGACGACGAGGACAUCCGCACGCUCAAGCGCGAGUUCGGCUCCGUCAACCGGGCCCUGGACGACAUCUCGCGCAAGAACCGCCAGGCCCUGGUGGCCAUCCAGAAGGAGACGCUGGACAGCCAGUACGCCUCGGUGGAGGAGAACCUCAAGAACCAGUUUCGCAAGUUCAUGGAUCUGGUGGAGGCCCGCCCCGAGCACCGCGAACGCAAGAAGGACGACUUUGCCCGCAGCUACGCCGACGACCUAGGGGACCAGAACCUUCACACGCUCUACGACGGCGUGGUGGGAAAACCCAAGCUCUUCAGCCGCCCCAUCUUGGAGGUGUUCCUGAAGCACUCCGGGGGCGACCGUCUGACCAUGGAGCGCCUCUGCACGCGCCUCACCUACUUGUUCUGCAUCGGGCUCAUCGCCCUGAUGGGCUACGCCGCCGUCAUCGGGGACGACGACGAAAGCCUGAGCGAGGAGUGGGCCGAAAAGAUGGAGAACGUGCAGGAAAAGAUGCAGCAGGCGCUCGCCUUGUGCCACUGAGACCAACCGGGUACCGCCGCCCGAAAUAUCACCGGAUGUCCCGUCCGUCUAAAUAGAUCGGACGUCUAUCGCCGUCAAUCGGUAGAACUCUGGGACCGCAAACUCAUCGUUCUUUGUUACGACAUACGAAACUGACGUCUCAAAAUGCACUACGGAGUCAAAAACGAGAAAAAGUAAUGUUACGAGUCCAAAAAUGUAUCGCAUAUCGCAAUGUGAAAAAAUCUACUUUUCUUUAGGUCGAGUUUCCUUUUUUGGGUGUAGGGUGAGAAGUUCCAAAAAAAUCAAUCAUACCAAAUGACACAUUUUCUUAUCGUUAUUGUUAAACUGAACUCAUAUGUGAACACUAAAUAUGAUGACACUCAUUUUCAGGACAUAACACUAAUUCAGCACUACCUUUCAUUUGAAAAAAAUGUCAUUCCACUUUUUUGUCUUGUAAAAUUGGGAAUUUUGAGCGCUUAUGUUCUGUUGUGAAUGCACUUAGGUUAAGCAACAACGGCCAUUUUAAGUCGACUUUUUAUUCAACUUUUUUUUUGCAGCAGCCAGCGGUGCCUCAAUCUUUACUUUUUUUUUUUUUUUUUUUUAAUGAAUAUUUUUUUACUAUAUUCUGACAAAUA